AUGGAAAAUGAUGAGCAUGCUUACAAUAACCCCAAAUCUCUUUUCCUCGCUGCACCAUACUAUGACGUAUUCCUUAACCAUCGAGGUGCAGAUGUGAAGAAAACCGUAGCAAGCCUAAUCUUUCAUAAUCUUGAGAAUAAGGGAUUGAAGGUCUUCUUUGACAAGAAAUCAAUCCAAGUUGGUAACAGCAUACCUCAGUCAAUAGAGGACGCUAUUUACUCCGCAUCUCUACAUAUUGUCAUUAUGUCUGCGAAUUAUGCAGAGUCGACUUCGUGUUUGAAGGAGCUGAAUCUGAUCCUCAAAACUGGGGCUCCCAUCAUACCUGUAUUUUGUGGAGUUGAGCCUUCGGAGCUCCGAAUGAAAGACAAAAAUAGUGUGUAUGCUCCAGCCUUUCAAAAGCAUAAGCACUCUGGGAAAUUUGAGGUCGAUACAGUUGAUGAGUGGAGGAAAGCACUUCAUGAGGUUUCAUAUAUCAAGGGCUAUAUUUUUAGAGGAGAUCAAGGAGAGCUGCUGGAGCAAAUUGCAUCUAGUGUCGCAGAGCUUAUUGAGAGAAGGAAAUCUCAACCGAGGCAGAGAGACAAAGGCUCCACUCUUUAUAUGGUACUUUGCAGCAUUGAACACAUGGCAGUUAACUACAAGUCUGAGUUGGAAUGCAUAUUUUACUAUUAA